UGAAGUGUGUGUGUUAGCUAUUAUAUUUACCUAAAACAUUUGCUAAUUUUAAGUACUUCUAAGAUUAUAUCCAAUUAAUUAAAUGCAGUUCAAAUAAGAAAACCUUUUAAGUUUGUAUGAUACUUAGGCUACCAGAGCUCAGCCUUACUCGAUUUAAGAACCUCAUGACUACUUCCAUACAGUGAGGGGAAAGUAUGCAACCGAUAAGGAAAUGUUCGGUUGUUUUAACCAAACUGUCAGCUUUCACAAGAAAGCCGAUAUUACACAUUGAAAAUGUAGCAGCUGCCAGCAACUUAUUAAUUCAAAAGCUUGAUUUUCAUUCAAGUCGGACAUGCUUCAAAGAUUCUAUCUUCCCAGAACCUAAAAAUUGGCUAACUUAUAAUGAAAAAGUAUUCCCCCCGCAGGGACCUGAAGAAGAAAGACGGCCUGCUUACGUUUGUCACAUGAAAUGCAACAUUCACUACAGCUUCAAGAAGUUGUGGUACAUAGCUGUUUUUGUACGAGGAAUGUCCGUUGACGAGGCCAUUAAACAGCUGAGCUUUGUACCUAGGAAGGGAGCCGUACAUGUGAAGGAAGCCAUUCUUGAAGCUCAACAACUUGCAGUAGAGAAACAUAACGUUGAAUUCAAAAGCAAUCUUUGGGUUGCUGAGUCUUUCUGCGGUAAAGCACUAACAUUGCGAGGCAUACGCAGACAUGCCAAGAGCAGGAUAGGCCGAAUAGAUUAUCGUUACAGCCACUACUUUGUGCGGCUGGAGGAAGGACCUCCGCCAAAGCAGUACUAUUGGUCCGAGGACAGAUCUGGCGAGGGAUUGCUCAAACAGUGGCUAGAAGAGAAACGGCAGAGGGCGAUUCUCAACACGUUGUGAGGUAGUUUAGUUGUACCGUGUCUCCAAAAGAUAUGUUAGAAACUUGAAAAUUUGUAAAUAAUAUGCCUUGUACAAACCCUCUGUUUGGUUUAUUUACCUCAUGAUAUCCAUAUUUUCAUUAUAUAUCAAGGAAAUUGAUUAGCAGUUUAUUCAAUCCUACUCAUAAACCUAGGGCCGUAUUUCCAAA